AUGGCGAUGGAAGUAGCAACUCCGGUUCAUGCACCGACAGCGACACCCGCGAGCAAAAUCCUCGUUGCAACCACAACCUCCGUGGACACUCAGAAAAAGAACAGGAUUCAAGUUUCUAACACCAAGAAACCGUUGUUCUUCUACGUUAAUCUCGCCAAGAGGUACAUUCAACAGCACAAUGAGGUCGAGCUUUCUGCACUUGGAAUGGCGAUCACAACAGUGGUUACGAUCUCAGAAAUCUUGAAGAACAAUGGACUUGCAACAGAGAAGAAAGUUCUGACGUCGACAGUUGAUAUGAAAGAUGAUAACAAAGGGAAAAUAGUUCAGAAAGCCAAGAUUGAGAUUGUAUUGGGGAAAUCAGACAAAUUUGAUUCGCUCAUGACGGCUCCGGUGACAACCGAAACGGCUCCAAAGGAAGAGGAGGAGGCUAACGUGGAGAAGAAAUCAACAGAAGCCGAAGCAGACACACAAGUCAAGGAAUGA